AUGUCUGUCUCUAAGAUUGCAGCUGUUCUUCUCAGCUCGGCCGCUCUGGUUGCUGGUCACGGAUUCGUGUCGGGUGCCGUUGUUGAUGGCAAAUACUACACUGGAUACCUCGUCAACCAAUACCCUUACAUGAGCAGCCCUCCUGAGAGCAUCGGUUGGUCUGAAACCGCUACCGAUCUGGGUUUCGUCGACGGUAGCGGCUACUCUAGCGGCGACAUCAUCUGCCACAAGAGUGCUAAGAAUGGUGCCAUCUCUGCCGAGAUCAAGGCCGGUGGAAAGGUUGAAUUCCAAUGGACUGAAUGGCCUGAAUCUCACCACGGACCGGUCAUUACCUACAUGGCCAACUGCAAUGGUGAUUGCGCCUCAGUUGACAAGACCAGUCUGGAAUUCUUCAAGAUUGAUGAGAGUGGUCUGAUCAGUGACUCUAAUGUUCCUGGCACCUGGGCCUCCGACAACCUAAUCGCCAACAACAACAGCUGGACGGUGACUGUUCCCAGCUCCAUCGCCGCUGGUAACUAUGUCAUGCGUCACGAAAUCAUUGCCCUCCACUCCGCUGGAAACCAGAACGGUGCCCAGAACUACCCUCAGUGCAUCAACCUUAAGGUCACCGGUGGUGGCAGCGACAAGCCUGCAGGUACCCUCGGCACUGCGCUCUACAAGAACACUGACGCCGGCAUCCUUGUCAAUAUCUACCAGAGCCUGAGCUCCUAUGACAUUCCUGGUCCCGCUCUCUACUCUGGCGCUUCUUCUGGCAGCUCCAACAGCGGUGGUUCCGCCUCGUCUAGCGCCGCUGCUCCUUCUGCCACCAUCACUCAGACCUCUACUGCAGUCCAGACUAGCUCUGCGACUGUUUACCAGCCCUCCACUACCACCGAGGCUGUCACCGUCACCAGCACUCCUGCCCAGCAGAGCUACGUCCAGGCUCCUACCGCCACCCCUAGCUCCACUGCCGGCAGCUCCAGCUCCAGCGGCACUCUUCCCAGCGGCAGCAGCCUCACCGAGUACUUCAACUCCCUCAGCGCCGAGGAGUUCCUGAAGGUCCUUAAGGAGACCUUCUCUUGGCUGGUUACGGAGAAGGUGCACGCUCGUGAUCUCUCUGCCUAG